UCUUGAAGAUCGGGAUACGAUGAGUGAGAUAGGUAGGUGGCAGGUAUAAGAAUGGACGAUCUCCGUUUCUGGAGCUUCCGUACGUUCGACAUCUUUCUUCACGGAUCAAAUCAUAUUCCAUCGUUUGUCUUGCACUUAAUCUUGGACCUGCCUUAUCCAUUCAAUUGCAUUUACCGUCCCCGCUUUGCUGCAGGUCUAUCUGUGAAGCCGUUUCAUCUUCGUCUGAGUCCUGAGCAUUUUUUUUUCGCGGAGGGCCAGUGCCUUGGGUUACAUCUUUGUGGGGUAAAGUCUAGAUUGGUAACGAUUUACUUGGGAGAUUAUCCGUACGACUCUUUCUUUGUUUUGUUGAGGGAGGGGAAGAGUAUAGAUAUAAGAGACAUCCGCUUUGGGGGUUUCUUCGUCUUGGUAUACCUCAACCUCAUUUCAAAAUCCUACAUCCGGAUUUUGUUUCGUUCAUUGCUCGACGCGAUUGAAACAUUUGAUAGUUUGAAAACAUACGGACUAUCCACCUACCAAGGAUAUUUUUCUAUAAUAUCUCGAACAUAUAUUCAUACCAAUCCUCUCAUAUACGAGUCUUCGACUUCAAACCUCAAAAUGCAACUCUCGUCGACCUUUCUCUUCGUGACAGCUGCUGUACUCAGUACCUUUUCACUCGUUACAGCCACACCAAUGCCUUGCAGCGAUGCAACAAGAGAUCUUGUUCUCAGAGGAACCUUAGAUCCAAGCGCGUGUUGUAGUUAUGGUGUAUGUAAAGGGCUCGUAAAUGUCCAAGGUGGUUGAGCGAACUUUACCUUUAAUGGUUCGAAGGGAAGAUGAAGAAAGAAACGGGACGUCACUAUCGUCGGGUCAAGAGACAUUGAAGCACAGCCCGUUGUGGGAUUGAAUAUUUGGGGUAUCGGGUGGGCGUUCAUUAUACGACAUCACAAUCUACACAAUAAGAUUGGAUUUUUGUUAGGUGUUCAUGGCUAUGAUCACUUCUUGGGUUACAAGGUCGCCACGAGAUUAAAUACGGGCAAACGAUCAACGGAGUUAUGGGAAUGGAAUGAGGGCUCGGCUUUACAGAACAAAAUACUCGACAAUAGUUCGUGGGUCCAGGUUAUGGAUAUAUGGGUUUGUGGUAUCAAUUACCGCGGGUCGUAUGUAUAGUUUAAUACAUAUGUAUCAUUUAUAAGAAGUUUUUGAAGAAGGAACGAAAGUUUUGUGCCUCUCACACCUUUGAUCUCGUGCGUUUUUUUGUUCUUCUCUGCAUAAUACAUAUCGACGUGGAUAUAUAAAGUCUGCCACCAUCGUCAAUCUAUCGUGUGGCUGGGAUAAAAUAUAUUGUGAUAAUGUGUGGCCAAUUUCGCUCUGGUGUUUGAUUCAGAUAGACAUGUAGAAUGUUGGAUUAACUUUGAGAACCGACCCAUUUUACAGAAAAGUAAAAUUUUACCUCCUGAGAGUCUAGUAAUCCAUCUCCAAUAGUUUAAGCACUGAAUUAUCAAUGUUAAAUAUCGCAAG